AUGGAGUAUGCCCUAAGUGAGUUGAAGCCAUGUAGAGGCGGAUCCUUGCCUUUAAAAGUUCCUGACAGUGCAAGUUACGACGAUCUUUUAAGCGCUGCACUAAAAAAACGUAAAGCAUUCGAUAGGCGAUUUCGGGCAGAAAGAGGUUAUGUUCUUGCUUACCCGGACACAAGUCUUGCUAGGAAAAUUCCUGGCACUGAGGACGAAUUUGUGCUGAAGAAGUACAAGGAAUGGCUGGGCAAACCAUACUCUAGGAUCACUCUUUACCUCAGCCCUGUGACCAGUACAAGUGAAGACAAAUUAGAUGAAAUGGCGGAGGAUGAAAUCACAUUUAACGCAGACGAUGACAACUAUGGUCAGAACAGUUUGGAAGAUGAAGAAAAUGAAGGCAGUGUGGAAAACAUGUCUUCCAGUGAUGUAUUACAUGGAAAUAUCAGCUCAUAUUUGACAACAGAUUUUAU